CUCGGCGCGAAGACGGGGCGUGGACGGACCAGCCGAAAUCAGCAAUCUUCAACUCUCGCCGCGGCCCAAGCAGCAAAUUCUCCGGCUUAAUGUCCCGGUGAA